UCAAAGCCAAUAUAAAGAAGCAAUAAGAGAAGCCUAUCAUCGAGAAGAUCUUCAGUCAAACCGCUGUUUCUUCUACAACACGCUACAACAAGUCCUGCAUUUACAGAAUUUUCUAGUAAUUCCUCUGUACCACAAAAAAAUGGAACAAACCAAAAUGGCAAACGUGCAGCCGAUAACAAAGCUCAACGUAUCCGUCUCACAAGCCGAGGAGGAAAUUCUUGCAGCUGAAGGUUAUCAAUUUAUUAAUGAUGUCCUCAAUGAAGGUGCCGGUAAAAACCGCAUUCUUCUUUGGUACAAGAAAGAGUGCGGCAUGAAACCUGUGACCAGGAUCCAGUUUUCCUUCAUCGACAAAAUGAAAUGUGGCCUGACUAAAGCUGGCUAUGAGCUGAUCAACAGGGAUCUGAAUGCAGGAGUUUGUGGAGAUCACAUCUUUCUGUGGUACUUUCAUGGCAGCACUGAAUACGACAUUCCCAUCGUGAGCCUGGAGGUAAGCACAGAUCCAAAAGAUGAACCCCCUCUUCUGAACGAUGGUUGGGAGAGAUUGUGCUGUGAUCUGAACCGUAAUGCAGGAGGCCUCUAUAUCUACCUGUGGGUGAAGAGAGAGAAGCCAAGCUAUAUCUGUGAGAUCACCACAUCUGUUGACUUCAAUGCUGACAAGCACCUCUAUGAGCUGGGCUACACUCGUGUGGAUGAAGACACCAACCGUGCUGCUGGUGGAGACUACAUUUUCCUCUGGUAUCGGCGCUCAACUGAUAAGAGUAAAGCUCUCACUGCUCUUCAGGUGUCCACCACCCUCCAGGAGCAGGCAAACCUUCAGGAUCAAGGUUUCAAAAAGCUCAGUGUCAAUCUUAACAAAGGAACAACUGGAACAAAAGUAUAUGUGUGGCACAUGAAAGAAGGUUGUGAAUCACAGAUCCAAAGCAUGGUUCUACUGAUCAAUCCUGAUGCUUGGAGCGUGUAUAAGAAGGAGGGCAUCAUCGUUAUUGAAAAGAAUCUGAAUGAGGGCAACAAAGGCUGGCCAAUGUACUUAGCAUACAAGUGAAAAACAGAAAAUGAUUCUGCCUUUAUGGUAUUUAGGCAUUGUUUAAAGGGUCUAAUCAUUUCCCUUCUGGGAACUACAUAAGCCUAUUAUGUUGAUCAUACUUUAAAUUUCAACUUUUCAAACAAUAAAUAAAUUGGAAUUCUUCGGAAAUUUAAGAUUAAUCUGUGAUUUAAAAACACUCUUAAAAAUCAUUUUGUGAUGUGGAUGUGUUAAUGCACUCAACCAUACACAUUUUAUUUGAACUUUGUGUUCAUGUUAUUGUGUGUUAUGAAAUAAA